UAAAUAAACUACCGACUUUAAUCGGAAUGCUUAGGCAAAAACUGUAUUUUCUUUCUUAAAGAGUUUGACUGUUUUGAGAUGAUAAAUUGAAUAAAUGCCUCCAGUCUCAGUCUGAUAAUGUAAUAACCGGACUAUAGCGUCGUUACGAAGACGUCAGUGUCUAAACCUUGGCCGUUGGUCAUCGCGCAGAGGCGGUGUGUUCCUGCUUCAGCUCGGUGAAAGCUAAUCAGGUUGUCCAGCAUUAUGAGUCAGCGGACAGAGCGACGGGGUAUACAUGUGGACCAGUCAGACCUCCUGUGCAAAAAGGGAUGCGGUUACUACGGCAACGCAGCAUGGCAGGGUUUGUGCUCCAAGUGCUGGAGGGAAGAGUACCAGCGGGUACGGCAAAAACAGAUCCAGGACGACUGGGCCCUGGCAGAAAAGUUGCAACGAGAGGAGGAGGCAGCGUAUGCCAGUAGUCAUGGAGUUCAGACCCAGUCCCAAGCCCAGUCCACGGCACCACACCAAGGGCACACCUCUUUAGGACCCUUUUCCAAGUUUGAGGAGAAGAAAACCAAUGAGAAGACACGAAAGGUCACCACUGUUAAGAAGUUCUUCAGCCCGUCAUCACGUGCUGCUCCCAAGAAAGAAACCCAAGAGGGCAAGACACCCAGUCCAUCCAUUAGCCGCCACGCCAGCUUCGAGACAGACCAAGUGUCCAGGGACUUUGUUGACUUCUUGAAAAACCUCCAGAAGCCCGGCCGGGAGAUCCAUAAGCAGUGUCGAUCCUUCAUAGUGAACAUGUCAAGCAAGAAGGAUCUCAGUGCUGAGGAACUUUCAGAGUGCGUUCAGGAUUUCUACCAGGGCAUGGCUGACCGCUUAAUGAGUUACUUUAAAGGCUCUUCAGAUUCUGUGGAGCAGGUGAUGGACCAAGUGGAGAAAUACAUCAUGACGCGUCUGUAUAAGAGCGUGUUCUGUCCGGAAACCACGGAUGAUGAGAAGAAGGAUUUGGCCACACAGAACAGGAUAAGGGCUUUACACUGGGUGACAAUCCAGAUGCUGUGUGUGUCUAUGGAUGAAGAAAUCCCUGAAGUCUCUGAGAACGUGGUCAAAGCAAUAACAGAUAUCAUUGAGAUGGACUCGAAGAGGGUUCCUCGGGACAAACUUGCGUGCAUUACACGCUGCAGUAAACACAUCUUCAGUGCCAUUAGGAUCACCAAGAAUGAGCCGGCCUCCGCUGACGACUUUCUCCCUGCUCUCAUUUACAUUGUGCUCAAGGCUAACCCUCCACGACUUCAGUCCAACAUCCAGUACAUCACCCGCUUCUGUAACCCCAGUAGGCUGAUGACCGGAGAGGAUGGAUACUACUUCACUAACCUGUGUUGUGCAGCGGCCUUCAUCGAGAAGUUGGAUGCUCAGUCUCUCAACCUUUCUCCGGAGGAAUUUGAGCGCUACAUGUCAGGCCAAGCUUCACCACGACUCAACAGCUCUGAGGGUGACUGGCCCCACGCUGGCUCAGCACCUGGUGUGACUGCCACCAACCCAGUCCUGGCUCAGCUCAAUCACAACCUGGAGCUGCUGUCGAGCCUCACAAGCAAGCAGGAAAGGCUAAUGGAGGCUGCUCAGAGCCUGCAGGCUGACCUGCUCUCCUGGCCUGAGAGUGUACAGCGGGAGGUGCACGACAUCCUGGAGAAAUACCCCCUGGAGAUCAUGUCUUGCACAGUUUCUGCCAUUGAUGCCAACAACAUGGACAACGACAACCUGCCGCCACCCCUCACACCCCAAGUGUUUGCUGGGUAGUGGAGUCUACAAACGGAGGAAACAUUUCACACAGUGCAGCUGCUUUAAAGAAGUCAGCUCAUUGCCUGUGUUUUGAGUUUGAUCGUAACGUCCCAAAUACACAAAUCUCCUGAACAUUUUACUGAGCUUCUUCUGCACCUUAAAAGCUCAAACUGUGUCCAAAACCACUCCCUAUUUAAUAUAUGGUACACUAUACUUACUACACUUAUUUCCUUAAUUCAGAGUGAGUAAACUCAAUACUUAAUAGCACCAGCUACACCACCAACUAGCACUAGAAGGGUCUAACUUUAUUCACUUUCGGAAAAAAAUUUCUUGUAGUGUGUUAGGUGUGAAAGAAAUACUUGGCUAAAUUAACUAAAACACACAACCUGGUUGAUGUUACAUAAAGUGAAGUUGACAUUAGCCUGUUGGAGACGCCAACAUUUAUUUUCGCUCUACACAUAAGCUCCUUUUGUUAGUUAGUGACAGUAUUUGAUUUUAGUGAGUUAUGUGUGCCUAAAUUCAAAACAGCUUUUUCAGCAUUUUUUUUUUAUUUCUUCCCACUCUGGAUAAAAACAUAAUUGUACAGCUAUUUAGUUGACAAAUACAAAAUUACCAUAUACAGCAAGCAACACCCAGUCUUUAAUAACUGACAAAUGUUUUAAUGGCAGCAUUAAGUCGGAUCCUGUUUUAUUGUUUUUUUCCCACACUUUGCUAAUGUUAAAACGCUAAUGGUAGCUAGUUCCAAACAUCUUGUAAAAGACUGACGAUAAAGUUAUAUUUUCUCUGUAAUACUUGAAGAUUUCAGUCUUGUGUGUGUGGGUUUUUUGGACUUUUAUUUCACAUUUUUUACACAGAUGUUAUUGUCUUAUACUGCGUGAACAUUAGUUAAAUUAAGUGUGGCAGUAGUCCUAUGUGCUGUAAUACCUUUGUGACACUCCGCAUGGCUGAGGUCCACAGUUGGACUGAUGUGAUCGGGCAUUUAUCGUUACCUAAUCCUCAGCUGUCCCUGCUCUUUCAUUACAGCUGCUAAUCGUCAGUUUUCACUAGCAGAAUCCACAGUGUCCACGCAGAUCUCACAUUCUACAGCAAAUAUGAACAGGUAUUUGGUGGUGAGUUUAUUUUUCUGUUUGAGGCCAGUUUGACUUGUCAGUAUAGCUGCAUAAUCUAUUUUCUUGCUGUGUUUAAUAUUUUGUGUGGAGCAGUUUUAUGUAUCUGUCACUGAGUUUGGUGAAGUUGUAACUGAAAUCCAGCUGUAACAAAUUUAGAGGAAACAGAGAACCACUCCGGGACUAGUCCUGUCAUUGUCAGGUAUCAGAUUAACUUCAAGAGGCCCUUCAGUUAGUUCAGUUUUUAUUUUCAGUUUUUAUAAAUGCACUAUAUAUUUUAACAUUGUACUGUGUUUUUUAUAAUUGACUGUAUUUUGGCCUCUAUAACUAAUCAAUGUUAGGAUGUAGUAAGCAUCUUAUACUAAAAGAAAUGCAUUUUAAAUGUUGAUUUAGUUUGUGAUUUUGUGAUGCACUGUAUAAUAUCGAGUUUGACAUGAUCUGAUUGCCUGUUGAAACAUUGCUGCCCUACUACUGUUUUUUGUUGCUGUUGAUUCAUUGGCUUGAGGAUUGUUUUAAAUAGCAUCAUUCAUUCUAGAAAAGGGAAGAGUGAACAUGUAAAAUCCUGUGAAUGUUCAUGUAAUUUACGAUAUUUACUCGACUACAAAGAGAACCAGAAUUUAUCAUGUGUGGUUUAACAAAACCAUAAUAGCAGGAACCACUUUUAAGAAUAGGUCUGGUGAUAUUCUGUGUUUAUCUUACUGAGACGAAAACCAACAAUGAACUGAUCCAAAGGUCAAAAGUAUUUUCUUGUAGCCAGAGCCUGUUAUAUCUGAUAUAUAUGCACACACUGUAUAGUAGUCCUCAAAAAAGCCCUUUCUACCCCUGUUUGAAUGAUCUUAGCUAAAAACUGCAAUUCAUAGCUCUUUUAGAAAAAAAAUUGGGCCUUAGAAACUGGUGAGCUAAAUGGGGGCUGAGUCAGGAUAGACAGUGGAUUAACUAAGGCCAAACAGAUGGACUAACACUCUCUUGAUUUUGGCCUUUUCAUGGGGUUUGUUGACAGAAAGAAAAUCCAGAAUAACACCAGCAUUCUCCUUCAAACAUAUUCUGAAAUGUGAAAUAUCUCACCUGGCAGAGUCCGUACGAUUAAGGCUGCAGUGGUCUGGGUUCAUUUCUGGCUCUCCAGCUUUCCUGUCUGUCCUCUUACUGUCACUAUGUGAAGAAAGGCAAAAAUGUCCAAAAAAAAACAUUUCACACAUUUAAGGGUUUAAUAACGAAGUGUCCAUCAAACUGUCAUGAUAAAAUGUGUGUGUUUUCUGGAAAUUGGCUCAAUUAAACUAGAAGCUAAAGUCUUCUUUAGACAGAAUCAGAAAUAAUGAUUAAUUAUACGUAAAAGUGGUAUGAGUGCACGAAGGUGGAUGAUGCUAAGUGUUGGGAAAAAUAAAUAAAGAUAA